CUAACUGGAAAGUUGUGUAACGCUGUCUCCAUAUUGAGUUUUCAGAGGAGUUGGUGAUUUGAUGUUUGAAUAUUUUCAAUAUUUAAAGCCUCCCCCUCUCUUCUUUAUUAAAGUCCUUCCAAACCAUUGCUAUUUUUCUUCACCCUUCUCUAAUAUUUUCUAACCUAAUUGUCUGCUUAUAUCAAAUCAUUACCUGAAAGUUGUCGGCUUUCCAUCUAAUCUACUUUUGCUUCAUAUAUAUAUAUAUAUAUAUACUGAGCCUCAACAAGUGAAUUUGUAAAAUUAUAGUGUCAUAAAGAAAAAAAAAGGAAAUGACUGUGAUGAAAAUUACAUGGAGAUCCAUCUUCCCCAGCUGUUCCAAAGGUGUAGUGAAACCAGAAACCAAGCCUAAGAAGGAAGUUACAAAACAAAGUUCAUUUAACAGGCUUGCGAUGUUAGAGUUGAGUUAUCCCAGCACAAUGCUUACUGAAGAUCUGUCAACUUCGCUUGCUGGUUCAAAUCUUCAUGUUUUCACGCUUGGGGAGCUAAAGGUGAUAACCCAGAGCUUUUCAUCUUCUAACUUUCUUGGUGAAGGUGGGUUUGGACCGGUUCAUAAGGGUUUCAUUGAUGACAAGCUUAGGCCUGGAUUGAAAGCUCAGCCUGUGGCUGUUAAACUCCUGGAUUUAGAAGGCUUGCAAGGACAUAGGGAAUGGCUGACCGAGGUGAUCUUUCUUGCAGAAUUGAGGCAUCCACAUCUUGUGAAGUUGAUUGGAUAUUGUUGCGAGGAAGAACAUAGGUUACUGGUGUAUGAAUACAUGCCUCGAGGCAGCUUGGAGAAUCAGCUAUUUAGAAGGUAUUCAGUUUCUCUUCCAUGGGCGACAAGGAUGAAAAUUGCUCUUGGAGCUGCCAAGGGUCUCGCAUAUCUUCACGAAGCAGAAAAGCCAGUCAUAUACCGAGAUUUCAAAGCAUCGAAUAUAUUGUUAGACUCUGUAAGUGUUGCCCUUUUUUUCUUUCAGUAUUUUCUUCAAUUUUUAAUGAUGUUACGUUUUGAAUUUUUUUUCUUGUUCCAGGAUUACAAUGCCAAACUUUCUGAUUUUGGUCUUGCAAAAGAUGGUCCAGAAGGGGAUGACACUCAUGUUUCCACCAGGGUUAUGGGGACUCAAGGCUAUGCUGCCCCUGAAUACAUCAUGACAGGUCAUUUGACGGCAAUGAGUGAUGUAUAUAGCUUUGGAGUGGUACUAUUGGAGCUUUUAACAGGGCGAAGAUCCGUAGACAAGAACCGAUGUCCUAGAGAACAAAAUUUAGUGGAAUGGGCAAGGCCCAUGUUGAACGAUGCCAGGAAACUCGGCCGAAUAAUGGAUCCUAGACUCGAAGGCCAAUACUCGGAAACGGGUGCACGAAAGGCAGCUGCGUUGGCUUACCAAUGCCUUAGCCAUCGCCCAAAGCAAAGACCCAAAAUGAGUGAUGUAGUGAAGACAUUAGAGCCCCUCCAGGACUACGAAGACGUCCUUGUGGGUCCCUUCGUUUAUACGGUUCCAACCCAAAGUGACAAGCCAAAACAAGACGAGGACACCGUCACUAAAGAAUGUGAACCGAAGAAAGAGAAAUGUCAUCAUCACGAAAACCAUAAACACCAUCACCGCCACCACAGGCACCAAACCAGAUCAUCAAGGAUGUCUGCAAUUCACUCGGAAAGAGACGCCCUGAAGCGAAAUCAUAGAAAUGGGUUGAAUUCACCUUUGCACUAUGAAGUCAGGGAAGCAGCAUAAGAGUAGGGAUUAGAUUACUACAAACUGUAAAAAGAAAAUCACACAGUAAAUAGGCAGUAAUUAGAGAUUGCUCAACGUGGCAAAUUUUAAAAGUGCAAGUUUUUCUUUUAGACUAAAGAGUUGUUUACUCAGGUCGUUCUUUCAAAUAUAAAGUGCGGGGGGCGGGGGGCUUGGUUUAAUUUUAUUUUUGGUAUGGUUCAUUAUUUUAAAUAUAAAGUCUUAGAUAUUUAGAGAUUCACAUAUCUACGGACAAAAUAAA